CAAAAAUUACAAAACCAUUCUCUAUUCAAUAAACUACUGAGCCUGCUAUAUAAUUACUUAAAUUCAUCCUCUUUCCCUCUCGUUAUUUCACAAAAUACCUUCCUGAACCAUUGCAUAAAUUUAUCGUGCAUGUCCAUAUAGCCAUAUAUUGUGACGUGAGGAGAAUAGUCGUCUUGUUGGUAGCAGAUGAAUGUCCAUAUAGUUGUUUAAUGGCCCUGAGAAAGUAGUCAUCUUGUUGCUAGCAAGUAAAUCAUAUAUGUCCAUAUACAACCAUAUUUAGUGGCGUGCAAAGAGUAGUCGUCUUGUUAUUAGCAGGUGAAUGUCCAUAUAGUUGUUUAGUGGCGCUGAGAAAGUAGUCAUCUUGUUGCUAGCAAGUGAAUCACCUCCAUAUAGCCAUUUAGUAGCGUGCAAAGAGUAGUCGUCUUGUUAUCAGCAGAUGAAUGUCCAUAUAGUUGUUUAGUGGCGCAAAGAAAGUAAUCAUCUUUGUUGAUUGAUAGGUGGAAUCCUCUACUUAGCCAUUUAGUGGCGUGCAGAAAGUAGUCGUCUAUCAUGGCAACUACCAUGGUGGCGAAACGAGCACGUGCCAUGUGGUGGAUGAGGCUGCACUCCGCCAUUCGAACCGCCUUAGCAUGCACCAUAGUGGGGUGUGUCACACUAUAUAGUCCACCUUCACUUGCGAAGCAACUAGCAUUUCCUUCAUUUUCUUACGUUACAUCUAUUUUCAUAGUAUCCGAUGCCACUUUAGGCCAUGCCUUAAGGGGAUGUUGGCAUGCAUGUCUUGCCACAAUUCAAGUCAUGCCUCUUUCCAUGCUAGGCUUAUGGCUACAUGGCUAUGUCACUACCAACGAUUUCUCGCCGGAAGUAGCCGCCUUAAUGGUGGCGGUGAGCGCGUUUUUGGUGGUGUUGCCGGCGAGUACGGACUUGAUGUGUAAGAGAAUUGCUUUUGGACAGCUUGUAAUAGUGUAUGUUGAUGUUGUUAUUCAUGGGGUUUAUGUCAAUUCGGCUGUAUUGCACCCUCUUAGAAUUGGUUCUAGCACUGCCCUUGGAGCUGUGGCUUCUAUCUUAUCUCUGUUGUUGCCCUAUCCCUGGCUAGCUUAUCAUGAGGUGAGAAACCUAUACAAAAUCUAUGCAGAAAAUGCUUCAAAGAGAAUAAAUUUAUAUUUGAAAGCAAUCCAUACUCAAGAUGAUCAGAUAGCCAUGGAACUAAUAUCUCAGGCAAAGCCCUCUGCUGAUACAGGAACUAAGCUUCUUGAGACUAUCAAAUUCUUGGAGGAAGGUUUGCAAUGGGAGAAACCUUGGCUGAGAUUCUUGAUUCCCUACACAGAUCCAGGACAUGGUUUGCAAAACAUGGAAGUUUCAAUGAAAGGAAUGGAAAUGGCCUUAACUUCUUACCCUUCUUUCCUCACUAGAAUGAUAGAUGAAGAGCUCUUUAAAGUCUCACAUAAUGUUCUCAUGUUUCUUGGUGAAAAAAUGGGGCAAGAUAGAUCCAUUUUUGCAGUGACAGAAGGGGAGUUUGAGAAAAGGUCUUCUAGUCUACCCCAUGAACCAAUUUUACCAACCAAACUAGAUCAGCCAGCACUUUUCUUCUUAUCCUGUUUAAAAAUGUGCACGAGUGAUUCUGAUACGAUCAUACCUAUAACUGAUCAACGAUCAGGAGAUGCAAUGGAAAGUAAUAACAGAUCGUGCUAUGAACGAGUCUGCAUCAAUUGGACUGUGCCAAUGAUCAACGAAAGAAUGGUGAUAUUCGCGUUUAAGUGUUCAUUUUCACUAGGGCUGGCCGUGCUACUUGGUCUGCUAUUUAAUACAGAGAAUGGAUAUUGGUCAGGCCUAACAAUAGCACUCAGCUUUGUUACCGGAAAACAAGCAAUUUUCACAGAAGCAAAUGCUAGAGCACAAGGAACAGCCAUAGGAUCAGUGUAUGGUGUACUUGGCUGCACUAUUUUUCAAAAAGCCGCGCAUAUAAGGUUCUUGUCUCUCCUCCCUUGGAUUAUUUUCACCACAUUUCUAAGGCAUAGUAGGAUGUUCACUCAAGCAGGGGGAACAGCAGCAGUAAUAGGUUCACUACUGAUUUUGGGCAGAAAGAGUUAUGGUCCACCUAGUGAAUUCGCCAUUUAUAGACUCACUGAAGCCUUCAUUGGACUAGCUUGUUUCGUCGUUGUUGAGCUUAUUAUGCAGCCAACAAGUUCAGCAACUUUAGUUAAAAAGCAUCUCUAUCUGAUCCAAGGAACACUCAAAGAUUGCACUGAACACAUGAUUGUUGAUUCAAGGCAAAAGGGGUUAAUGGAAAAGCAAAGGAAUCUGAAAUCUCAAGUCCAAGAUUUGGAAAAGUUCAUUAAGGAUGCAGUGUUGGAACCUAGUUUCUGGUUUUCACCUUUUCCAAUUACUUGCUACCAGAAGCUCCAAAAAUCUUUGUCAACAAUGGCAGAUGUUCUGUUUUUCAUGGCUUAUGAUAUUGAAUUCCUCUCACAAGCAUUCGAUAGCUAUUAUCCUGAUAGAAAGGAACUUCAACAAUACAUAAACAAGGACUUACAGCAUCUUAAGAAUGCCCUAAGCUCUGCAGUGAGCUGCUUUGAGAAAACCAUUUCUAUCAGACUGUUAAAAGCUUCUCAAAUCCAACCAGAGCAGAAUAUCUUGAAUGACCUUGAAGAAGGGAAUUCAUCGUGUCCAAAUGAGUGUAUCAUUUCUUCUACAAAUGAUGAGGAGAUGGAGAUGGUUCUAAGUUCUUUCCUUGAACACUCAAGGGAGGUUUGUGGUAAAGUAAGGGACAUUGCAGGUAUAGAGCUUAGAGAAACCAUAGUUGGUUUUUUGUGUUCUUUAGAAUUUUGUAUGAGCUUUUUGGAGAGGGAAGUAAGAGACAUAGACAGAGGGAUAAAAGAUUUGGUGAGAUGGGAAGAUCCUCUGGGUGAGCCAAUUUGUUCAUAAAAAGAAAGAGACAUUACCAAAGUUUUCUGUAAGUUAGGAGCAAAUCCUUCAGAGCCAAGUUAUAUAACCUUCAAAACCAAAAAGCAUAAGGCUGUAGAUCUAAAAUAGGGGUUUUAGCAUUUUAUCAUCUAUAGUUAUUUUGCUUUUCUUUUCCCAUUUUAAUUCCCCUUAAAAUUCAAAGAUAACAUGUUAUUCCGAAUCUUCUCUACCUCUGACUUCGGGUAAGAAACGUUUUUCGAUCAAGGCUAACCUGAAAAAAGCGACACAAGCAAAUUACAGAAACAACAAUAUCUUUUGCUUUUAACAGGAAAAAACUUCUAAGACAUUAAAACAAUGGUAGAAAAGGAAAAGAUUUAGAUCCUUUACUCCAUUUGAUAAUCCUGUGAAUCCAUACACUGAUAAAUAGUUUUCGACAAGAAGCAGUCAAGAUACAACUCCAUGUUCAGUAGAAAAUGUUUCUGCCACAUCAAAGUUCAUUCAUCUAACAUAUAGAGAUGCCAAGGUAAAGAACAUAAGUAUGGUUGCCGAAGCUAACUCUAAAGAAACAGCUUUCAAUUGCCUUCAUAUUUUGGGUCUGCCAUCACAUAAUGGUAA